CAAAAGUUCGUUCUGGCGAUAGAUAGCAUCGAAAGGUUCCUCUCCUUGGGUCUCAAGAUUGAUACGGUUUAGCCGCCAAACAGCUAGCACAGAGAUAUAUUCUGAAGAAACCAAGGCGCCAUAGCCUUCAGACUUUGAGAGAGAGAGCAUAGAGGCAGGCUUCACGGCGUGCUGCUGGUCAGUGCUCGCCAUGGGCAGGUCGACCUCCACGGAGAAGCUGGUGUGCGUCGUGGUGGCGGUCCUGGCCGUCCUGUCGCCGCUGUACAUCGACCGGAGGCCCGCGGCGGAGAGCGAGGACGAGGAGGAGGACGGCGGCGGGUCGGCGCUGUGGCUGCCGGCGCUGCUGGUGGUGCUGAUCCUGGCCAUCAACGUGACGUGCUUCAUGGACAGGCGCGUGGUGAGGUUCGACCCCUACUGGAUCCACCGCGUCUGGGGGUCCUCCGGCGGGCUCAUGGCCAUGCUGCUGCUGCUCGGCUUCGUGCUCAAGUGUAAGGCAUCCUUGUAUGUAUAGCAUGCAGCUACCUCGAUCGCCGACAUGGUGGUCUCGCUCGGCUCGGGUUCUUCUUCCGGAGGAUGCGUCAGGUCAGACUGUGUUACCGACCUGCCGGUGCGCUUGUUCAGGCUCUACGCAUGUAAAUUUGCUUCUGAUACGGUCUUCUCUUAAGAAAAAGUGCUUUGGCGUACUGGAA